AUGGCGGAGGAAUUGAAGGCAGUCAAUGUGAUAUCGGACAGAAAAUCAGCGGGUCUUGCGAGUGACGUCCUGGCCGCUAUGGGAGUCAAGAUGAAACCCAUGAACAAACCCCGUAAAUGGACUUUAUUCCGUGCCUCAAACCAAGGAUUUGUCAAGAGAAUUUACCGUAGCGAUAAAGCACUCAAAGAUGAGCAACUUCGGCAGCAGAAAUUCCGCCAUUUUGUCAUUCAUCCACUCAGUAUUUUUCGUUGGUGUUGGGACAUGUGGAUGGUUCUAUUGAUGUGCAUCACGUUGAUUAUUCUACCAAUCAACAUCGCUUUCUACAGUGAUCAAUUCUCAGCAUCUUGGACCGUAGCAAACUGCUUCACGGACAGUUUCUUCAUGAUUGAUAUUUGUCUUAAUUUCUUUACUGGAAUUAUCGAUCAAAAGAACGAACGGGUGAUCAUAAUACGAAGAAAAAUCGCUGGCAAAUAUUUAAAAGCUUGGUUCCUUCCUGAUUUGAUCUCAUCGUUUCCAUUUGAUUACAUCUACAUCUUCAUAAAUGGUACUGAGGGAUAUACAUCGGACUCCACUGCACUAACACUCCGCGUAUUCCGAUUGGCCAAGAUCUUAGGGAUUCUAAGACUGCUGCGUCUUGCUCGACUCAUGAGAUAUGUCAACAAACUCGAAGAGAUCUUCAGUGUAGAAGGAGCAGUGAUCCGGAUAAUCAACUUGAGUCUGGUCAUGCUGGUUGUGAUUCAUUGGAAUAGUUGUAUUCAAUUCUUCAUCGCAUUCGCUCAAGAUUUCCCGCCGGACAGUUGGGUGACUCUUAGUGGUCUUGAGAAUGCUGAUAAAUGGGAUCAAUAUUCCUGGGCUUUCUUCACAGCCAUCAGUCACAUGCUUGGUAUUGGAUUUGGUCGUCAUACACCACAAAACCUGAUCGAGAUGUGGGCUGCUACUAUAAGUAUCACACUAGGUGCUUCGUUUUAUGCCGGCUUUGUUGGCCAAAUGGCCACUUUGCUUCUAUCUAUAGGUGCAUCAGGCAGAAUCUACAAUGAAAAGAUCAACCAAGUCAAGGAAUACAUGCGUUAUCGCAAAAUACCAGGGCAGACACAGAAGCGCGUAUUGGAUUACUACGAUCAUCGUUACCAGCGGAAAUUUUUUGAUGAGGAUGAGAUUCUUCAGGAGCAGAAUGAUCCAAUAAGAAGGGAGAUCAUACAACAUAGUCUUCGCUCUCUCGUCAGCAAAGUAGAAUUUCUCAACAAAGGAAGUCCGGACUACGUCGUCGAUGUCAUCGAGAAACUAACAUUUGAAGUCUACUUGAAGGGUGACACCAUCAUAAAGGCUGGUCGUAAAGGCAACAGCAUGUAUUUCAUUGAGCAUGGAAAUGUACAAAUUGAAGUCGAAGGCCGGGUGGUUGGCAAACUUCAGGAUGGAGACCAUUUUGGUGAGAUUGCUUUGUUGAUUGAUGAACGCCGCGUUGCAUCCGUUGUAACAACAACUACCUGUGACAUAUACCGCCUCAACAGAGAGAGCUUUAAUCAAGUCUUAGACGAGCAUCCCGACGUGCGAGGAAUGAUGGCAGAUGUAGCCAAGGAACGACUGCAGAAAAUUCUGCAAAGUAAUUCUGAAGAAAGUACAGAAGACCUCUUUGAAUCUGCUGAAGACUGA